AGAACAAAUCUAUUCCAAAGUGCAUAUGACGUGUUAGUACUAUAAGUCAAAGAGACGAUUGCUCUAGUGCCUGCUGCAUAAUGUUUCUCUCCUUCACGAUACGUACGAUGUGGAAAGAUGAAGAACACACCGGUAAAGAUACGCGGUAAACGAGGGAACAGAAAGCGAGCACAGGAGCAGAGUCAAACACCACCACUGCCGUCAAACAGUUCCAAGUCGACUUCCAGAGAGCUCAAAAGACGUUUUGUAUCAGCUGGUCCCAAUCAGACCCCCGCGAAGCGCCGCCGCGUGGCCAAAGCCACCGCCGAUACGCGAUCACCACUCGAACGUCUCCCGAAUGAAUUGCUCCAGGAGAUAUUCCUCCUGAGCGGCAACAUCGAGCUUCCGGGCUGCUCUCUCAGCCUCGCACGAAGUCUCUCGGGGAACAAGACCAUCCAGCUCUCCUUCGUGCUCGGCCGACAUCCAAACACAUCCAAACCCCUCGAUGCUACCGACGCCGCAGUCAUCACCCGCAUCCUCAAAUGCCGCUUCGUCACCUGGCCAUUCCUCCAGUCCUGGAUCCACGCCGCCUACACCCUCGACAAGCAACAGCACCACCACCACAACCACCCAACGAAGCCCAAGAGAUCCCACAUCACGCCCAGAAAGCUCAUCGCCCAACCAGACCAGCAACCUGCAAGCCCGUCAUCCCCACCAACGUGGUUCAACUUCCACCCUCCCCUUAAUCGAGACGACGAAGACUAUCACGUCUGCAUCCCACGAAAGCUACUCCGCGGCCCAUGGACAUCAGACGAUACCUCUUCCCUCACUCUGCUCACACAUGCCGGCGCCGUGAUUGCCGAUCUGGAGCUCGCGCGCCGUGGACUCCGCAAGGCCAUCGCGACCGCGAAUCUGCGCGUUAUAUACUCGCUCGUCUACGUUCGUUCUCCACAGUCACAGUCACGACAGGAGCAGCAGCAGCAGCAGCAGCGCUGGGGCAGCUACGUGCGCGUGACAACCGAGAUCCUGCGCUUUGCGGUGGUUGAGUGCGGGUGUGAUCCGUCGGUGGUAUGGGUAUUGCUGCACACGGGCUCAUUCGAUGACGACGAGCACCAAACAACCACAACCUCAACAAUCAACUUCAUGGAUCCACCCAUGUGGGCCUGGGCCGAUGAUGCCGAAGCACGCGGCGACUGGGCAGGCACGUUCCUAAAGAGCGAGUUCCGAGCCUGUCUUCUUCCUCGUCCUCAUACCCCUGUCGGUGUCGGUGUCGGUGACGAGCGCAGCCAGACUACGCUGUCGAGAAUGUCGAGCAGAGCAGGGCUGGGUAGGGAGUGGGAGCGGGUGUGGAGGGCGGUGGAUGCGGCGCUGCCGGGUGUUAUGCAGCGGUAUGAUGCGCGAGAGAGAGAUGUGUAGGAUGAAUGAUCACGGAUGU